AUGCUGCAUCUAAAAGUUUUAUUAUCAUUUUUUCUGGUUGUUGGUGUGUUUUCACAAAUCACACCAGUUCCGAAAGUUGAUAUAACUCCAAUUCCAAUUGACAAAACCGACCCAAAUACCAAAGGUAAGUUGUACUAAUACGUGUUCCACGAAUCAAAAUUCACUAGAAAACUUCUAUUUCUCAAAAAAAUCUCCAGUGAAAGUUUAAAAAGUUCCCUUGUGAAAUUGAAAGAAAAAAAAACAAAAAUCAUAUGUUUUUUCCAAACACUUCAAGGGUCAUUAAUUCCGUCUGUCUAUUACUCUUCGAGGUCAAAAAAACGUAAUAGUUUCUAUUUUUCAGAGUUCAAACGAAUCGACACAAAUUCUGAUGACCAAUUAACAUUCACUGAAUUCUUGCUGAGCGACAGAUCUUAUUUAGAACAUCAAUCGAGACGAUUCCAUGGUUUUGAUUUGAAUGGAGAUGGAAUUGUUACAAAAAAAGAGUAUGAAGAUUAUCAUAAAAGAAUUGAGAAGCAUAAAAGACGAAAUGAGUUUUUGUUUAACAAAUUCGUAAGUUUUCGUGGUUUGGUCGAAAAUUGCAGGGCUGGGUUGUAUAAAAUUACAAUUUAGAGAAAAUGAUACGAUGUUCUGUAUUCUUUGAUGUCCUAAUUUCAUUAAUACAACAGAAAUUGCUAGGUUCAUUUUACAAGAUCGAAAAUCACACUGAUAACAAAAGUUUUGUAGUUUUAUGAAACUUGGAGGAGUUAUUUCAGAAUUUUGGAAUUUUUAAUUUUUACAACGACGCUCCAUAUUGACAUCAUUGUCAUUCACAGUAAUGAACUCAAAAGUCGAUGAUAUUUCAUAGUGUAAAUUCCGAAAUUCGUAGUUUUCACUAAUUUUCACCUCCUCCUUAUAUUUUUACAGAACCGCGAGAGACGUGACCGCGACCCAUUCGAUUCCCAAUUCUUCAACAAUUUCCCAAAACCUGAAGAAUCCCGGGAAAUUGGUGGACUCGUACUUCUCUGA